CACAACUGCAUAGGCUUUCCGACAAGCUUCAACCCACACCCGCAUUUCUCCAUUAGAUUAUCUUUAUCAUUAUUCCUUCUCUGUCCUUCAGAAACUUUGGUUCUCUAGCAGCAGCAGCAAUAGUAUAAUCUCGACUGAUGAACUGAGUGUCCUUGGGUCUUGGACGGAUCUUCAAUUGGAGACACAAAUUUCAAAUUUCAAGCAAAUCGCUUUGACUUUCGAGUUAAAGAGCCAAAGGAUUCAAAGGUCGAAUUUUGUUUUUGGAAUUCUGUGGCACGAUCUUGGUCGCUGUGCUUUCCUUUCCCUGUUUUGCUCCCUUGGAUUCCGGUGGUAGAAUAUAAUCUCUCCGUGUAGAAAGGUUAACUUCCUAGGUGUUCAUGAUCAUGGAUUCUCCUCUAUCUGUUGUGUCUCCAUUCAAAAGCCCUGUUGCCGAGCCUGAGAAGCAGUUCAUUUGUACCAGUGGGCCCGUAUCCAAUGCAACUGAUGCCAAUAUAGCUUGUAACUCAGAGAACUUCAUUGGUGUUCUCGAGGUUUACGUUCAUCGGGCUAGGGACAUCCAGAACAUCUGCAUAUACCACAAGCAAGAUGUCUACGCUAAGCUAUGCCUGACGAGUGAUCCUGAAAACACAGUCUCCACCAAGACCAUUAAUGGUGGUGGUCAAAAUCCAGUCUUCAAUGACAAUGUCCAGCUCAAUGUUCGGAGUGUUGAUUCCUCCCUCAAAUGCGAGAUUUGGAUGCUGAGCAGGGUCAAGAAUUAUCUUGAAGAUCAGUUGCUGGGGUUUUCUUUGGUGCCUUUGUCGGAGGUCUUCGUUAAGAAUGGGAAGUUAGAGAAAGAGUUCUCUCUUUCUUCAACUGAUCUGUUUCAUUUCCCAGCAGGGUUUGUCCAGUUGUCCCUCUCGUACACUGGAGAUAUCCCAGAAGUAAUGUCCCUGGCCUCAAAUCCUAUUGUGCAGGACUCGGAGACAGCUGAGUCACGUGAAUUAGAUAGGUUAGAGUUCCCAGAUCCGAACAUUGACAAUGAAGACCAGAGAAUGGUUUCAGAGUACAUUAAGUUCCCAUGUUCUGAAUUUGAGUCUCAAAGCUCUGAGAGCUUUGUCAUUGCUGACUCUGAAACUCAGGUUAUUUCCGAAGUGGGUAUUCAUGCUGUUGAAAGUUUCUCGACUGCUACCAUUGAAUCUACUCCUGUUCGGAAGCUUGAUUCUCCCCCAAGCAGUGUGUCAACUAAUGGUGUUUCAUCUCCAUCGGGUCAUACAAGCUCAGAGUCGUAUGAUGCUCCAUCAGCUGUGAAAUCUCCAAACCACGAACAAGUUUUGGCGGUGGAAGAGAAAAAGGUGGAUAAAGAUGACGAGAUUAAUUCGUCUGGUGGGGUGCCAAGUGAGACAUUUGAGAAUCCUACUGUCACAGUCACCGUUCCAGAGCAAACGGUGAAUCCUACUGCCACAGUGACCGUUCCAGAGCAAACGGCGAAUCCUACUGUCACAGUGACCGUUCCAGAGAAUACGGCGAAUCCUACUAUCACGGUCACUGUUCCAGAGCACACGGCGGUGCAGCAGGAUUUUGUAGACAUGUACAUGAAAAGCAUGCAGCAAUUCACCGAGUCCUUGGCAAAAAUGAAGCUUCCGUUGGACCUUGAAUCACCAACCAAUUCAGGAAACUCGAGCACUGAUCAGAAAAUACAGACACCAAAGAGCAGUGGUUCCCGGGUGUUUUAUGGCAGUAGGGCUUUCUUCUGAGCUUUCGUUUCACUUCAUCGGAGGAAGAAAAACAGGUGACUCUAGAUUUUAGAUUACUCGUACUGAUGUGUAAUAAUGUUUUAUGUAUCGUGGUAUUUCCCUUCGUAUGUUGAGGUGCUUUAGAUGUCACGAAAAUCUUGACUUGUACUUGUUACAAGCUUUGUUCUAUCACCUUGUAUUAGUGCAUAAGAACUUCUGUUA